CUUCUUCCUUCACUUUUCCUCCCGACGCUUUCUUCCCACACGCAACUCACCUCCAAUACUUUCUGAGUUCUGACUCCUCUUCUCUUCCUCAUUUAUUCAUUUGAAUCUCACUUAUUCUCUGCACACUUAUUGAACGAUUUAUACUUGGAUCAUUUAUUCAAUUGCUUUACUUCCAUUUUUAAUUUUAAAAUAAAGAGGAAUAAUGAGCUCCAUUUCUAUGCCGAGUUGUCUCACACUCGCGCGACUCCACCGCGUUCACUCCGUUCCCCAUCGUCAGUUCCCGUGCACAGUAGUAGCGGCAAGAUCACUGUUUCUUUCAAAGCGUCGAAACUGCAGUUUCUCUCGCGAGCCCGCGGCUGUCGCUCAUAACGGCGCCGGGAUCACCAACUCCGUUCCGCCAGGAAAUGGAACGUACACAGUUGGUGAUUUUAUGACAAGGAAGGAGGAUUUACAUGUUGUGAAGACUACAACAACAGUUGAUGAAGCACUUGAGGGUCUUGUUGAGAAGAGAAUAACUGGUUUUCCUGUGAUAGAUGAUGACUGGAAACUGGUUGGUGUUGUUUCAGAUUAUGACUUGUUAGCAAUCGACUCCAUAUCAGGUUGCAAUCAAAAUGAUGCAAACCUGUUUCCUAAUGUCAAUAGUUCUUGGAAAACAUUCAAUGAGAUACAGAGACUGCUUAGUAAGACUAAUGGAAAAGUUGUUGGUGACUUGAUGACGUCUGCUCCCCUUGUUGUUUAUGAAAACACCAACUUAGAAGAUGCUGCUAGGUUGUUGCUAGAAACAAAAUACCGUAGAUUGCCAGUAGUAGAUGCUGAUGGGAAGCUGGUUGGAAUCAUCACAAGGGGAAAUGUUGUUAGAGCUGCUCUGCAGAUAAAACGUUCAGGUGAGAGGUUGACAUGAUUAUGAGAUCACAUGUUUGACCUUGCUGCUGCCAUUCUUUUUACCCCCAUCCGUUAUGCAGACUGUUCUAGAUUUUACUUAAUUGGGCUACGUAUACUGCAGUGUAGUUCUCAUUGUCCUAGAUUAUAUACUUUGUCCUAGUUCAACGAUUAAAGGCUAGCAGUUAAUAGGUCUCUUGCCCUUAGAGCCAACUUGAUAUCGAAUGCCUUGUAGUAACUUGCAAUUAUUCCUUGAAAUUUUCAGUAAUAUUGAUAUAUAUAGGCUUGAUAAAUAUUGAAUUAUUAGCUAGGAUCAAAUUUGUCUGGAACAAUGAUUUUUGUAUCACAAAUUAUAAAUAGCUUUCCCCUUGUAGUUAUGCUAGGAGCUUAUGUAUUUUUAAGUCUCCAUCAUUAUGUUAUCGAUAUUAUUUUCAAUA